CACAAUUUUUGAAAACAAAUAAACACAGCUAAAUAAAAAUAAAAAAAUUAAUUUGUAGAAGACUCUUCGAAUUGUUAUUGAAUUUUAGCUUUAUUACAAAAAUUGCAGACUAGAAGCAAGCCAGACGAUACUCACGAUGAAAACUGGACUAGGUUUUAACAAUAAACUGUUUGUAAUUCUAUUGCUAGCUCCAAUUGGUAUUAUCUAUGGACAACUGUUCACUUUGCAAGUGCCUAAUAAGUGUCAAGAUGUUUGCCCCACCAGAUAUCGUGUGGUUUGUGCCCUGCAUGACGGGUGCCUGCGAACAUUUGCCAGCAGCUGUGUGAUGCGUAUAUAUAACUGCAAGUACCAGAAGGAUUAUCGCAUCAUAUCCCAAAGAGCCUGUGAGUUUAUAAGCAACGAAGAGCUCCAGAAGUUGGAGCUCUAGCGGUGGUAGGGCAGCAACAGCAAUAAAAACACGCUAGAUGGCGCGACAGCGCAGGGCGCAUGCGCCGCAUCAAAUUUUGUUUGGUGUUUGUGGGGCACACAAGUCGCCAGGAUAUACAUAUGGAUAUAUGCUGUCACUGCCGUUGCUGCUGUUUUUAUGUGUAACUCUCUCUCUCUGGCUAAACUGUUGUACGCCACAACUAAAUAAGCGAUAAUUCAAUUUUAAACGCAAUUUUUGCUCUGUUUUAAAAUACAUAUUUCAAUUGUGCGCUACCCCUUUUUUCGUGCUCUAAAUUUAUACAAAUACGUGAAUCGCUCUUAUUAAAUAAAAUAUCCUCCAAUCCUAA